UUGGUGGCGCCACCUGCUAAAUACACACAGGAAGCUUUGAAAGACAGACAGGGUCUAGCGAUUGAUGAAAUGAAGAUCCAGCAAAUGAAUCGAAGAUAAUAUUUGUAUAGUGAAUGUAAUACAAAAUAAUCAACAGAUGAAGGAGACGUGAAGCACUGAAUUUUUCAAACUAUGGCAACAGGAGGUCAGUCUUCUAGUCAUCCAUGUCACAACCUCAGUAACCCAUCUAAGCGUCUCUUUUGGUGUCGUCACUGCAUGGCAAAGUUUAUUGACCCCAUUCAAAGGUGGAGGCACAGCAAAACCUGCAAAAAGAUUGUUUCGUCUAAUCCUCGUCAAGAAAUAGUCAGUACAGAUGGUCGAAUAUUACAGGUGGUGGCAGGAACUACUGAGGGUAGUGUGGUGGUGUCUAAUCUAGCACCACUGGAAGAACCUGAACCUUCUGUAUCGAAACGUAAAAUCCGUAAGCUUGUCAUGAAUGAUUUGAAAUGUCAGAUUUGUGAACGAGUGUUUGUGUCACUUGAUGAAAUGCGAGAGCAUGUCAAGCACCCGUGUAGGAAAGUAGUUCCAUUUGAAGAGCCGACAGUCCCUGUGACUGGAGUAUCAAUAACUUUACCAGAUUUUGACCAAAAAGUAGAGGCUGAAGAUGAAGAUGAAAAGGCCAGUGCCUUGAAUAGUCUGGAGGCAAACUUGCAGCAGAUGGAACAGUCUUUGGCCAUGCGGUCUGAUGUAGCUGAUGAAGUUGUGGCAAAUCAAAUUGAAUCACUUCUGAAGGCUGCUCAGGUGUUGCAGCAACAACAGCAGCAAGAGCAACAGUCGACCACAUACCAGCUUUUAGGCACAGAAGACCUUGUUAGUAAUGUGGACACCCAGUAUGUCAUCACCUCUAACCCAGACCAAUACCAAGAUGUCCAGCAAUUUGAAGCAGUUACUGUAGAAACAGUUGCCACGCUGGAGAACAUUGUUCCACAGGUCGCUAUGUGUCCAGAGGUGGCCCAACAACAAGUAGUUCUACAGCCAAACAUUGAACCAGAUGACCUCCAACUGAUAUCUGAGGUCAUAGCGAGGGAGGAACCAGAGAUUGGAAAGCAUCAUAGUUUUGUCCCUCCAUCCAGUCGAACAUCAUCUACAAGUUCACCACCACCAUACCCUGUCCCAGCUGUCGAACAAACUGAGGAACUCACCAAUCAUUGCCAGGGGAUAUCUGUUGAUGAAGACUCACAAAUUUCUCAUAACAAGGACUCAAGAAACAGUACAAAUUCAGAGGCCGUAUCACAUUCUGUUGGACCUGCUACUACCAACACAUUUUCAUCCGACUCGGAAUGUGUCCAAAAUUCUUUAAACAAUGAGGAUUCCCAUGAAAGUGUGUGUUCAAAGGAUGAAACAAACAAUGUUGUCAAACCCAAACCUUCAAACUGUUGUGAAAAUGGAUGCUGUUAUGAUCCUACUGUUGAUGAUUUUGGAUUUAGAAACCUUAUAGACGAUAAUGAUAGCCAAAUAAAUGGACCUACACCGCACUGUACUUGUAAAUUAAAAUCUACAUCAAGCCAAUUUUCUAAAUCAAAACGGUCACCCUCAACAUCGCGUCCACCCCCAAAACCACCAAAGUACAAGGUUCAUGAGACUGCCAAAAAGAUGAGAACUAGAAGUACGUCUGUAGAGGAAGAAAAAAGUGUUCCAAACAAAGUUAUUAAAAAGAAACGGAAAUAUAUUGGUGGGAAAGGUAGUUUGGACUGUGUAGCUAGGUCAAAGAGAAAAAAGUUGAAAAAGACAGCACUACAAAAUGCAAGUAAUGUAAAUUCAAACACAGCACAGACAACAGGAAGUGUCGAAAAACAAAACUGUGAGGAUUUGGGGAGUCACAACUCAGAAACUAAAGAGACAGAAAUUCAAAGUAAUGUAUGUCUUCCUCAAACUGUUACACGGAAACCAAAACCAGCAAGAGAACCAAAAUGUCGAAUCUGUGAUCGUGUGUUCAAAUCAAUACAGCUUCUUCAGAAACACAACAAAGUGCCAUGCAAAAUCAAACACACACGCAAUCUUUGUCAGAAGGUGCUUCGUCCCAAACGUGCACCUGUUGAACGUCCAACAUCACUCAAGCAGAAACCUAAACAGAAUCUCACAAACAAGAAAAGCAACAAGAAUGUAUUACGGCCGCAGCUUCUGCCCGUUAGACGAAUCUCUGAUACCACUCUCUUUAUAUUGCCUAAAGCAAAGAAGGGAGGUAAAAAAAGACGGAAAUCUGCUCCAGUGUUUGUAUAUUCACCACCAGUGAAGGAGUAUAAGAACACAUUCCUGGGCAUACAUAUGACAUACAAGUCAUUACCAUUCAAGGAAAAGUUCUUCUUUGACCUGGGCAUGAUUUCUUCUGUACAUCUCAACAAAGACAGAUGUGACCCAAGAAUGAUGGAUAGUUCCUUACCAGGUUUGGACAUGGAUCAGUCUAGUCAGGAAAUAAGUGAUGUGGUCGGACCGUGUACUCCUCCACCAGUUUUAGAAAAAAUACCUGACCUUGACUUUUUUCCAAUACAUAGUCCGACAUCUUGUCUUGACCUUGAACCUCCUGUACUUGAGGUCAUUUCUGACUUAAGGUUUGAAGAUUCUAGUCCAGAGGUUAUAACAACAUCAGAUUCUACAGUAUUUAACAGAGCCUCUGUCACACCAGUAAUGUCUCCAUUACCACCAGCAACAACAGAGGUACCACCAGUUCUAGACACAAACGGUGAGGACAAAACAUCAAGUAUCAGUGCUUCUGCUACAGUAAAUUCUGUGACCCACAACGAACAAAAUGAGUUGGGCGAGGAAAAUUCCAGUGACAGGACAUCAGGACAUGAAGGUCCAGAAUCAGUUCAGGAACAAAUGAGUGAAAUAUUUACAAAAUAUUUCAUCUCCCCAAAGUCAAAAAAAGAGAGUUCAAAUUGCAAGUCAGAGCAACAAGCACAACUGCUUUUAAAAGAUUCAAUGUCAAAAGAUACUGAGUCACUUAAUUCUGAACCUGCAGAUCUUCAGGAGGUUGUUUCAAUUCAUAAUCAGGGACAGAUGUUUGAUAUUCAGACAGAGGAUAUAUCUUCACCAAAAGAAUGUGUACUGUUGGAUGUGGUACAGGAAUUAUCACCAGGAGGGGAUAGAAAUGUGUAUGAACAAGCUCAUACACAAUCUGAAGUAAAUGAAAAGACAGCUGUCAAAUCACAAGAUAAAAUGGCAAUCCCCUUCAACACGACUUUACAAACUGAGACUGAACCACAUGCUACAUUGGAUACAGAGCAGUCACAGGAAGGUCAAGGUCAACAUUUUCCACAAAAGGCAAAUUAUACUGCCCCAAAUCUCUUAUUGAUUGGUGACAACACCAUGGAUAAUUCAGAGAUGGCUCUUGAACUACCUGUUUGUGGUGAUGUUUCUGCUGCAGGAGAUCUGGAACACCAUAUGUCUGGUACCACAGCACCAUGUGGUGUUGGCAUUCAUAUGAUAGUGAACACAGAGUUGAAUCAGUCUGCAGAUCCAAGCACACACACAGAUUUUGUAGAAAAAGAACAUUUAACAAAAUGUCAUGGUGGAAAUAUCCAAAAUUCAGUUGCUGCAUUGUCUUCCCCUUCAAAGUCAUCCACAACCCGACAUUUCACAGAUCUUCUUGCUGACAUAUGUAGUUCACAACAGUCCGAAGGAUUGACAACCAUAGAUUCCUCAAUUUGGUCCAAAGCUCAAGAAAAUUCACCCCACAAUGAACCUGAUCAGGAAGUGGGAAGUUCUAAUUUAAAAUCCAAGGAACCACAAAAGCUAGGUGAGCGCCACUUCAUGGAUGCCAUCAUGGCAGCAGCUUUGGAUAUUGGUAAGAGUGCCAGUGUUAAAGUUGACCCAGGAUCUAAUGGCAUGCGCAAAACAGUCCAAAAGGUCACAGUGGCGGUGCAAACUGAUGCCGACUCUUUUACUGCUAAAAUCAUGGCUUCUAGGACAGAUAUACCAUCCACUGAGUUGAUUUGUGCUGAUAUGGUAGGAAGUGAAACAUUUGAAACAUCUAGCAAAGUGAAACCAACAGAAAAGACUGACAACGUAAAUUUGGAGACCAGUGACCUUCUAACUAAACAUGAUACCUGUAUUUCUCCAAAUGACAUUGACAUAUUUCCAAACAAAACAGGUAUUUGUUCCGACCCUAGUCCAAUGUUUGACAUUCAGUUAGAAACAUAUCCAGUGCAAUCAACUUCACAGGAAUGUGGGGCAGUGGAAUCACAAAAUAUCAUACCAGAUCAUUCCCCAAGUCCAAUAACCAUUCAGAAGCAACUCCCUCUAAACGAAAUUAGUUUGAUAAAGUCCUCAAAGAAACCAGGGUUGUCCAAGGAACCUUCUCCCCAAAAAAGCGAAGGGCGUAAUUUAUUUGAAAGUCUCUUUUCUAGUCUUGGUAAAGAAUCUGAUAGCAAUGAUAGAUCACUGUCAAGCAAUUCAGAAUCAGCUACAUAUCCUCCAAACCAAAAUACAUACUGUAACAAUGAGGAAGCUGUUACAUACCCUCCAACCCAAAAGACACAUUGUAACAAUGAGGAAGCUACUACAUAUCCUCCAACCCAAAACAACACACCUUGUAACAAUGAGGAAGCUACUACAUAUCCUCCAACCCAAAACAACACACCUUGUAACAAUGAGGAAGCUACUACAUACCCUCUAACUCAAAACUUGCUAACCAACAAAGAAGCUUUGAUAUAUUCUCCUCUCCCUAAAAACAUGCAUAGUGAUUCCUUACCAAAUAAAGAAAUAUUUCUCAAGGAAAAACUUGCCCAAAACGUGCAUAUACCUCAGCCUAACAGUCAAGAAGUAAUUGUUUUUCCUCCUCCUGGAAGUAAACUGACAGAACAGACACCAGAGUCUUCUCCACAGUUUGUCGGUAGGACAGCAUCUUUACCUCUAGGUAUCUCAAGGGAUAUUCCAGACAUAAAGAACAGGACAAAUUUGCUGGAAAUGGUUGCAAAGUCUCUCGGAAUUUACUCUGAUGAGAAUCAAGAUCCUCAAAGUGAAAGUUCUGCUGGCAAGCAGACUGAAGCAACAGAUUUCAAUAUAGGAACAAAGAACACCCAGUCAGAAAAGUCUUCAGUAUUUGUAAAUAUACCAUUUGUACAGCCUACCUCAUGUAUUGACGAAGCCGAGGAUUCUAGUGUACAGAUCAUCGUCAUGAACAACCAGUCCACCUCCAGUAAUUAUACCACAGAUAUAAAUGUGAUUGACUUGCCUGCAAAACCAGAACUUACCAAAGAACAACACAAUGGUGACCGGCUUCAUCAAGACAAAUGUACAUCCCAACAGACAUGUAGUACCUGUGCUGUAGACAUAUUGACUAAGUGUUCAUGUAAUGCAGAUAAAAAUGGUAUACCAUCUGCCGUGUCAAAACCAGUAACUUCCCAGAAACCUGGAGUCAAAGUAGUGAUGUGUGGUGUAGAGGAUUUAAAAAAGUGGGACAAUUCGGGUGUUGUUGUGGCCAACAAAUCGUCAUUGCAACUUAAUUCCAAUGGUCAGCGUACUGGCUGUCUAGGGACUUGGCAUGGUCAGGAAAGUGUUAAUGUAUCGGAGCAGAGUAAAAAUCAAAAGUCAAAUCUAUGCAACACUCUGUCUCAGCAGGGGAAUCGGGAGGUGGAUGAAAGACACAUCCAUUACUCUGAUGCUACGUCUGGUUCAAAUCUAGUUGGUCAGAAUUCCUUUCAUGCUUCUAAUAUUUCAUCUACAAGUUAUCUUACACCAGUUUCUAAUGUAUAUGUAUCGUCUUCUUCUGAGGCUCUGACACAGUACAACAUUCACUCCGAUCCAGGAGUUACUGUGGUUACAGACAUUCACUUGUCUACUACUGGUACAAACAAUGUGUCUGAACAGGUUGCUAUGGUAACUGAGGAUGUGAAUAAACCUGUUGCCAUGGACACAGAUGAGGCACUUCCUGAGGUGACCAUGGUAACAAAUCUCCACUCAUCAGUAGCCUCAGAGAAAGUGAAUGUCUGUUCAGGGUCAUGGGGGGAACCUAAGGUCAUGGUUCAGUAUGUCCAAGAUUUUGAUUGUGAUCAGAAUGUGUCGUACAUUGUACUAGAUAAUGAGCAGGAGCAUGACCCAGAUCCAUUUGUGAUGACAGAGUCGCCGUUCCUACAGACAGGGGAGACCAUCCUUUGUCAGGAGGAGGAAAACCUACUAAACAGCAAAGAACCAUUGCAGGCAGCAGUGAUGAAUUAGGUCAAUAUAUUCAGAGGUGUUCAGUCAAUAUGUUGAGAAGUGUAUGUUGCAGAAUUGAAACACGAAGUUAUGUUAGGAAUGAUCUAUCAACUGUUAAUUUUCCUUUUUCAACAUAUAGAAAUCUA